AUGACCAUAGAAGAUAUUCAAAAAUAUAUUACGCUUGAAUGGGUUUCGGAGGAUUUUCUAUCAGGCGAUCUUAAACCAAGCAACCUCCAGCAAUCUUCAGUUUAUACGGACCCUUUAUUCACCUUUCAGGAAAAGUUUCUCGAAAAGAGAUGGCAAAGAUUAGUUGUUCGGGAAUUACUUAACGAGAAAUUGCUUCCACAAAAUAGCAAGUUAUAUGAGGGUAAUUUUAACGGUAACAAAAAAUCCCUGCCACCGCAAAGCAUCCAACCAAUUCCAACUUCCUCAGAAAUACCAACAAAUUUUAUGGAAUUGCUGGAGUCAGAGGUUUUUAAUCAUACCAGUUUAGAUCAUGCUUCGCAUAAUAAUCCUUCAGCAUUAGUGGAAUCUUCGGAUAAAUUAUUGUGGAAAAAUUUCGCUCUUUGGGGGUGUUUCGUAAUUGGUCCUAACUUUAUUCAACAACUUCGUCGCCAUUGCCGUCACCUCUGGUUUCGAGUGAAUUUAAUUUAUCGGCACGUUGAAUCUCAAGAUAAAUCGCUAGAAAGAUAUAUACACGAAACAUUUUUACGGCAUCCGAGAGAUAAACUUUAUAUUGCGAAAGAAUCUACAAUGAUCGUUGCAAGGGGAAUUAAUCUUAAGAAUUAUCAACAUAUUUUUAAUCCACAAUGCUUUGUAAAUACUUUCGGAGAAACCAUAGUGGAUCUUUUCGAUUUUUAUAAUAAAAUAGCCGUCGAGGAUGUUAGAAUAGCGGUGGAUCAAUACUAUCAACACACACUCGCCCAUCCUUCACACCAAUCAAAACAAUUUGCAAAGGACUUGAUAGAACAUUUUGGUGGAUUUGCAGAUAGCAACAACCUGCCGUAUACCACAGCAAACACUGCGUCCUCCCAUUGCGAAGAACAUCAAGAAUGCGUUCAAGAUUUAAUACAAGGAUUACAACCGAUUUCUAAGGCAGUUAAUAAAUAUAUCGAAGCCACGUAUCCCGCUUUAUAUUCCAAGAUGAAGAAACUAGAUCUUGGGCCGAAUGUUCCCAAAUCUUUUGGCGUUUUUCCCACAGUCGCUGUUAAUUUCAAUGUAAUUUGCCAAUUUCACCGCGAUUUGAAGGAUCAUAGAAACACUCUGUGUGUGGUUUGCCCACUUGGGAAAUUCGAAGGUGGAGAAUUAACAUUCCCCGAAUUGAAGUUGAUUAUUCACGCCAAACAAGGGCAAGCAGUGGCAUUUCGAUCAAAUAUUUUGGUUCAUGGAAAUCUCCCGGUCAUCGCUGGAGUUCGACACAGUGUCGUAUUUUAUAUCCAUAACACCAUAAUUAAACAAAAACGUAAAUUUGGUUCUCUUUUCGCCGACUACGACUUGGGCUGGGAUAAUAAUAGCAACGAGGAUGAGCCAUUACCAAAAUAUCUUCCACCAACACUAGGUUCUGGAGAUAACGAGGUGAAACCAAAAAAUCAUAGAAGAACGAAUAUAGAUUUGGAACGCGCAAGAAAAGGCUUACCGGCACGGUAUAAGAAAUAA